AUGGCCCUGGAUCACCGCAACGUGAUCCAGCUCUUCCAGGUCAUGGAGAGCCCGAGCACUGUCUACAUGGUCAUGGAGCACGCAGAUGGGGGAGACCUGUGGCACUACAUCCCUGAGGUCGGUGGCCUACAGGAGGAGCAGGCCAGCGCGGUGUUCAGGCAGAUCGUGCGCACCAUGCGCCACUGCCACGACAGGGGCAUCGUGCACCUGGACCUGAAGCCCGACAACGUGGUGGUGGACAUCAGGGCCGGCAGCGUCAAGCUCAUCGACUUCGGCCUUGGCGCCACCUUCGCGCCUGGGCAGAAGCUCAACGGCUUCUGGGGCACUGUCCCAUACCGUGCCCCUGAAAUCGUGCAGCAUCAAGAAUACGAGGGUCCCCCUGCGGACAUCUGGAGCCUAGGGGUCACCCUGUUUCUCAUGCUCACCGGGAGACGCCCAUUUAAGGCCAGAGUCGCCAACCGCCUGCAGGACGUCUUCAUGCAGGCCAGCUACCACCUUCCCAGGUACCUUUCCCAGGACGCCUGCAGCCUCAUCCAGCAGAUGCUGAGGCUGGACCCCAGGCAGAGGGCCACCAUGGAGCAGGUAAUGGGGCACCUGUGGCUGAGCCAGGGCAUGGAACCCUGGCCGAGUCCUCGCAGAGACCCACACCCCAGACACCCAGACCCUGCCAUCAUGACCAUCAUGUUCGACAUGGGUUACGACCCCUACCACGCCUGGGUGUCCUUGGACCAGCGGAAACACGACGAGGCCAUGGCCACCUACCUUAUCCUCCAGCACCAGAGAACCCAGGCGGCGGCAGGGUGGGCGCUCCAGGCGAGGCCUGUGCGCAGAAGGGUGGUGAGGCCUCACCCAGGCCCCACAGAUGCCCGUGGCCUGCCCAGCAGGUGCGCCAGCGAGCCUGCCCAUCCAGUGCUCUGGGAGCACCAGUCUCUGCUAGAGGAGGCCAAGCAGGCAGGGCACAAGGGCGCGGUCAGUGCCAGCGUGCCCGCCAUCCCUCUGCGCUUCUUCCACGUGGGCAUAGCCUCUCCCAGCCCAGCCUCCCGAGGUGACCCUGUGCCCCGCGGACCCCAAGACCCCAGGCCCAGCCCAUGGAAGGUCCUCUGCGGGUGUGUGGCAGAAGGCCCCAGCUCCUCCCAGGGGUCCUCAGGCCAAUCCGCUGACAGCCUCCAGCAACUGUGCUGCUGCAUGUCCUGCUUCGGCGGACCCCCCUCCAGAAGAAGAGCGGCACCGGUGCAGGGAGGCCACAGGAGCCCUAGGUUCCAAAACAGAGUGGCCCCAGUGGACGAGCCCUGA